CAGGGCUUCUCUCUGUCUCUUUCAGCCUCUCCUUGAGCCAAAGAAGCAAAAAUGGGCCGGAAAAAAAUCCAGAUCAGCCGAAUACUGGAUCAACGGAACCGGCAGGUGACCUUCACCAAGAGGAAAUUCGGGCUGAUGAAGAAGGCGUAUGAGCUGAGCGUGCUGUGCGACUGCGAGAUCGCCCUCAUCAUCUUCAACAGCACCAACCGCCUCUUCCAGUACGCCAGCACCGACAUGGACAAAGUGCUGCUCAAAUACACGGAGUACAGCGAACCCCACGAGAGCCGCACCAACUCCGACAUCCUCGAGACGCUGAAGCGCAAAGGGUUGGGGCUGGAGAGCCACGAGCUGGAGCUGGAGGAGGGGCUGGAUCCUGGUGAGAAGCUGCGACAGCUGAACGAGGGCAUGGACCUGACGGUGGCACGGCCCCGCUUUUACAGCCCGGUGCCGCUGCCCGAGGUUCCCUACGGCAGCUCCCCGCCGAGCAGCAGUGAUGGAGCCCUGGGCAGUGCCAGCAGCUCCCCACAGAGCCAGGGCCGCCCGCCCACCUUCAAACCCACAGCACCGAAGCCGUCGGGACGCUCACCGGGACCAAUGCCCCCAGGUAUUGGUUAUCCCUUGUUCCCUGCUGGCAGCCUGAACCGAGCCUUGGCAACCAAGACCCCACCGCCGCUGUACCUGGGAGCCGAUGGGCAGCGCCGGAGUGGCAGCGGUGCAGCACGGCCGCUGUACUCUGGUCUGCAGACCUUGAGCCCAGUGCUCGCCUCGGGCAGCGCCGGCAUCCCCAGCCACAGCCUUACUGGUUUUCCCUUCCUCACUCCAGCACAAGCAGAGUUCGGGGCUGGCGAGGCCCCACCUCCUCCUGGCUUCCUGCAGCCUGGCCCUCCAGCUCCAUGGCAGCCCCCACGGGACAUGGCAGCACUGGGGGCCAGCAGCAGGAUUAUCCCCACCGAGGACCUGGCCCCCGGCAGCUCCCCGCAGCCCCACACCAUCAGCAUCAAGUCAGAGCGGGUGUCCCCAGGUCUCGGCUGCCCUUCAGGCACCCCACAGCCCUCCCCGGGCAGCCUGACCUCCCUGAGCGAAGCCCCCCGAGGCGCUGCAGACCUCCAGCCACGAGAUGACUACACCAAGGGCUACCCCUACCCUCUGCCUCCCCCCCGGCCGCUGGCGGAGGAGCAGAGGGCCACUGCCACCAUCCCGGUCCCCGCACGGCGGGUGCAGGCUGAGGAUGCGUGGCAGAGAUAGCGAGGCUGCGGGGGUGCAGGGGAGGCAGCCCCCAGCUUUCAACCCCAACCUCAGACCCCCAAGAAGUCCCCAAGCUCUGGGACUUCCCAAGGGGUCCCGUCCCCAUGCAGCUGCCAGCAGAGCCCCCUCCCCAACCCGGACACCGCCGCAUCCCCCUGCAGCUCUGCCCCCAGCCCCUCUCCUGCAGGGCACGGCGAGGCCAGAACCCCCCCAGGAGAGGUGCAACGUCCAGUGCCGGACACUGUGUGACUGCGUCCGUCCUUCUGUCCCUGCGUGUCCCCACCGAGUGGGAGUGCCUGGGAAGUGCCACGGGGUGGCAGCAGGACUGAAAGCAGCAGCAGCACCGAUGGCAGCGGGCCCCAUCCUGCAACGACCAGGGAGGGGGGAACAGCCGGGGCAGCGGCCCUGGGACUCUUCUUUUUUUUUAUUUAUUGCAUUCGCGCCAAUAAAGAGCUGGGGGUGUCGGGGUGCCUG